AUGGACCAGAUCAGCAGCCAGGCGGACGCCCUCCGAUAUGCAAUCCAAUCCGAGUCGUCCGACUUUAUCAUCAACUCCAUUGAUGUAGAGUGGCAUACGAAGAUGCCGCGUGAGAUGAUCGAAAUCGGUCUUGCUGUGCUAGAUUCGCGCGACAUUCGGGGCAUAGAGCCCGGUUGGAAUGCGGAGAACUGGAUGCGCAAGGUAUAUUUCUACCAUUUCCGGAUCAAGGAACACGGGCAUCUCCCAAAUACCUUUGCGCACUCGGAGGGGUUCGAUUGGGGGACCAUGGUUUGGCUCAGCAAGGCUGAAGCCAAGAAGGCCUUGAUUCAAUGCUUCUCCUGGCCAGUGGAGGAUAACGAGAGCACUGAUCUGAGCGAUGGAAAGGAACUAAAGCUUCGCCCAGUUCUCUUCCUCGGCCACGCCGUGGAGAACAAUACCGCUGAGCUCAAGAAGGCGCUAGACCUCGACUUGGAGGCCAUAGGGACCAUCGUCAAAUCCGUAGGCACCCAGGUGAUAGCAAAGUUGAAGGGUAUCAGACCGAGAGGCCGCCGAGUCAUCGGUCUAAAAGAUCUCUGCUACGAGCACGGAAUCAGCAUCCAGGUGCUUCAUAACGCUGGGAAUGACAUCGCAUACACGAUGUUUUGUGCGUUGCUGAUGGCCGCACAGGAAGACAAGAUCUUCAUCACGCCAGCCCGGCGCCAGGAGAUGGAGAAAUUUACAGACGAGGUCAAGGCAGCGGGACGCGCUCUCGACCCACCGAGCUGGGGCAUGACCAAGUUUUGCGCUCGUUAUAAUCGAGAUGGUCAUCUCGAGAAGGGCUGCCGAGAUCGAGUACGUUGCAAGAAGUGCGAGGCUGCUGGCGAGCGGAAAGCGAAAAUCUUCAGCCAUGACACCGACCGCUGCAAGUCGCAAUACUACCAGAGGCUGAUCCCGCAGGAGAACUAA